AUGCCGGCCGGAGAACUCCGCCACACUUCGCCGCCGCAGCCCGACACGGAGCAAGAGGAAGCGUGUCUAUGGGCUAAGAUCAAAGAGGAGGCUAUGAGCGAGGCCGAAGCCGAGCCUUCCCUAGCAAGCUUCUUGUACUCCACAGUCCUUUCUCACUCUUCCUUAGAGGGGUCUCUGUCCUUCCAUCUAGGCAACAAAUUAUGCUGUUCCACGCUGCUCUCCACUCUUCUCUACGACCUUUUCCUUGACGCCUUCUCCACCGAUGCCGACCUCCGCUCCGCCACCGUCGCCGACCUCCGCGCCGCUCGACAACGCGACCCUGCGUGUGUUUCGUUCUCUCACUGCCUUCUCAAUUACAAGGGUUUUCUUGCCUGUCAAGCACACAGAGUGGCUCACAAGCUGUGGACUCAAUCUCGCAAACCUCUAGCUCUUGCACUGCAAUCUCGGAUCUCUGAUGUUUUUGCUGUCGAUAUACACCCUGCUGCCAAAAUCGGCAAAGGUGGAACUGGCAACGCUGUUGGUGACCGUCACCCCAAGAUUGGCGAUGGAGUGUUGAUUGGUGCAGGAGCAAUAAUAUUAGGUAACGUGGAGAUUGGGGAUGGGGCCAAGAUUGGUGCUGGCUCAUUGGUUUUGAUAGACGUGCCUCCAAGGACAACAGCUGUGGGGAAUCCAGCAAGGUUGGUGGGAGGGAAAGAGCAGCCAACUAAGCAUGAGGAAGUUCCAGGGGAGUCGAUGGAUCAUCCUUCAUUUCUAAAUGGAGUGAUUAUAGCAUAUGAUAUUAUUGUGAUAGUAAUAGUAAUAGUAAGCACUUAUUGA